AUGCCCACCCCCUACCGCCGCCAGCUGCUCUCUCGACACGAACAGAGGCACCGCCGGUUUUCUUCUGGAUACGUCGAACAAAAACCUCGCACUGACGACAUGUACCAGUCCGUUGGCCACUACACCACCUUCACCGUCUUUGGCGCCCUGGGCGACUUGGCGAAGAAGAAGACGUUCCCUGCCCUUUUCGGGUUGUUCAGAGAAGGCGAAUUGCCCGAAGAAACCCAGAUCUUGGGCUACGCCCGCUCCAAAUACGAACAGGACAAGUUCCGCGAACACUUGCGCCCCUUCUUCAAGAAGGGCAACACCAGCAAGCACCCCGACUUCGAGGCUAAGGUGGAGAAGUUCUUGAGCAUGAUCCACUACGUCCAGGGGCAAUACGACACCGACGAAGGUUACCAGAAACUCGACCAGAUCUGCCAAGAAUACGAAAAGAAGCACAACACCACCGAUGAGCCGUCGCGCAUCUUCUACCUCGCGUUGCCCCCGUCGGAAUUCACCACCGUGGCCAAACAAUUGAAGAAGAACUGCUACCCUAACAAGGGUAUUUUCCGACUUGUUGUCGAAAAGCCCUUUGGCCACGACCUUGAGCUGGCCCGGGAAUUGCAAGCCAACCUUGCCCCCCUCUUCACCGAAGACGAAUUGUACCGUAUCGACCACUACCUCGGUAAGGAGAUGGUGAAGAACUUGCUUGUCCUCCGUUUCGGUAACGAGUUGCUCGCAGGUCUGUGGAACAAGAACCACAUCAAGCUGAUCCAGAUUUCGUUUAAGGAAUCGUUCGGUACCCAAGGCCGUGGUGGCUACUUCGACACCAUCGGCAUUGUCCGUGACGUGAUGCAAAACCACUUGCUCCAAGUGUUGACGCUUUUGACGAUGGAACGUCCCGUGUCGUUCGACCCUGAAGCCGUCAGAGAUGAAAAAGUGAAGGUGUUGAAGGCUAUUGACGCCAUUGACCACAACGACGUCAUCAUUGGUCAAUACACCGCCUCGGAAGACGGUAAGGAACCGUCGUACCUUGACGACGACACCGUCAAGAACAAGGACUCUAAGGCCGCCACUUACUGUGCCCUAGGUCUCCAGAUCCACAACGAAAGAUGGGAAGGUGUCCCCAUUGUCAUGCGUGCCGGUAAGGCCCUCAACGAGCUGAAGGUGGAAAUCCGCAUCCAGUACAAGCCCGUGGCCAAGGGGAUGUUUGAAGCCAUCCAAAGAAACGAGCUUGUCAUCAGAAUCCAGCCCGACGAAGCCAUCUACCUCAAGAUCAACAACAAGAUCCCCGGUAUUUCCACCAAGACCUCGCUCACCGACCUCGACUUGACCUACGCCGUGCGGUACUCGGACGACUUCUGGAUCCCCGACGCCUACGAGGCGUUGAUCAGAGACGUGUUCCUCGGCAACCACUCCAACUUUGUCCGUGACGACGAGUUGGACGUGCUGUGGCUGUUGUUCACCCCGUUCCUCGAGUACAUCGAGGGCCCCAACGCCCCCAAGCCCGAGUUGUACCCUUACGGCUCCAAGGGUCCCAAGGAGCUCCGCCAAUUCUUGAGCAAGCACGGCUACGAGUUUGCCGACGAAGGUAUUUAUGAAUGGCCCGUCACCACCACCAAGGUCGUCGACGUGGCGGAAAAGCUUUAG